AGAUAUCAGUAUGGGCGUGGCGAAUUCCACCAUAGACUCCUCCAGCCUAAAACAAACGUUAUUUCCGCGUUAGGUAGUUAUACGAUUUUAUCGCUAUUACGCAAUGCCUACAAUAAAGGAUUUAACGUUGACUUACGAUGCACUUAACGAGGAAAAGACGUUUUCCGAGGGAGACACUUUAACGGGCACAGUGACGAUGUGCCUGGAAAAAGAUACGAAAGUUGAAUCCUUUUUCGUCAAACUUAAAGGCGACGCAAAUGUGCAUUGGAGCGAAAAGCGUGGUGAACACAAUCACAGUUAUAAUGCACACAGGAGGUACUUCAAACUUAAACAAUUUUUGAUUCCUGAAAACACUAAAGACACUGAAAUCUCCAAGGGAUAUCACUCCUAUAAAUUCAGCUUCAAAAUUCCAUCCGGGAGUAUGCCCUCAUCCUUUCACGGGUAUUAUGGUAAGAUCAUCUACAGACUAGAAGCCAAGCUUUCAAGGAGCUGGAAGUUGGACAGUUGUGUAAAGCAGGAGAUCAACUUUGCAUCGAAGGCCAUUCCAAACCUCAGCCACCUGAUGACCCGCCAGGUUGGCCAAAUGGACAAAGACAUAGGAAUCUUCUCAAAAGGAUCCGUACACAUGGAGGCGUUUAUGGAGAGCGGAGUCUACGCCCCGGGUCAAACUGUGGCAGUUACUGUUAAAGUCAAAAACACAUCCUCAAAAGACAUGACCCCCAAGUUCUCUUUGAAGCAGAAUGUUACGUUCCAUGCGCAAGGCCGUAGAAAGUACAGUGGUAGUGAAAUCUGUAAAUUAGUUGGGGAGGUUAUUGAGAAGAAAAGUGAAAAAACAAUCACUUGUGCAUUGAAGAUCCCUCCUGACACGAUCCUAUCCAUCCAGAACUGUGAAAUCCUUUCAGUUGAACAUCAAUUUAAGGUGUACUUGGACAUCAGCUUUGCCUCAGACCCAGAGCUCAAGUUUCCACUGGUCAUUGCCCCUUCCGGCUUCAUGUUAAACCCAGGGCCCGGGGGAAUGAACCAGCCGUACCCCCCUGUAGCAUACGGGGGCCCAAGCAACAGCGACUUCCCUCCCCCCGCCGCCUGCUUUCAGCCAGCUCCGCAUCAGCAGGCCUAUGGUCCCUCAGUACCCUUCGGCCCCCAAGCAGCCUUCGGGCCCCAAGCAGCCUUCGGGCCCCAAGCAGGCUACGGGCCUCAAGCAGGCUAUGGGCCUCAAGCAGCCUCCGGGCCCCCAGCAGCAUGGGGCCCGGGCCCCGCUGCGCCCGGUGUCAUGGGAGCAGCUUACUACCAGCCCGUGCCACAGAACGUGUCUCCGUAUGGACCCCCGGCCCAGCCCUCGUCGCACGCCCCCGUGCUCCACCCUCCUCCUCCUCCAAGGGGCCCGGUUCCUCCACCGGCGGCUCCGGGGGCUCUGCCCUCUGCGCCGACGUUCGACCCUGCACAGUACGCCCCGCCGUCAUUCGCCUCCUGCUACAACACCCCCACGUAUAGCAUGCCGCCGCAAAUGCCGGGGAUGGGCACCGAUUUUCUAUCCCAACAAAAUGAAGAACCUCCUUCGUAUCUGUCUAUGUUCCCCCCGGCAACCAACGAUAAACCGCCAAAAUAAUUGAACAGAAAGCGCUGAUGAUUCAUUGUCGUGGUUUUCGAAACAUGGAAACGUGCCAUGGGAUGAAUGUAUACACCUCAAUAUGCAACCUUUGUUCCAUUAAUGUUAUGCAUACACAUGUAUGCUAUGAAAAGCAUACAUGUAAAGCCUUAUUCAAUGUCUAAAAUGUGGGUCGGCUUAGCUCAGGAGGUAGAGCAGUUGUCUUGUAACUGAAUGGUUGCUAGUUCGAUCCACAGCUCCUCCUAGCUGAGUGUUGAUGUGUCCCUGAGCAAGACACUUUACCCUAACUGCUCCUGACGAGCUAGCUUUCGUCUUGCAUGGUUGACUCUGCCGUCGGUGGGUGUAUUAACCGAUGUAAAUCGCUUUGGAUUAAAGCGUCUGCUAAAUGCCCUAAUUGUAAUUGUAAAAUGGUGAAGUUUAACGGCCUUAGUUAUUUUGUGAUUUCCUCUCAGGGUUCAACCAUGGCCAGUGAUGUCAUUCAAACACACCUGGUUGCAUGUGGUCUACAACUGCAGUAGUGUGACCACAAUAUCCCUACAAUGGACCAUUUUAUAUUGAAGACUUUAUACAGCCAUGCAUGUAUGGGAGAAAUGUGUGUCAUAUUUGAAAUAUAAAUAUAAUUAUUAUACACUACGUAUAAAUAAAGAAUUAUCAGUAUCAUACCUACAUGCUACAUGAAAGGGUGGAAAAACAGUCACCAAAGAGUCACAUCAUUUUAAUAAAGCUCUAUUGACGUACUAAUAUUAAUCAAUAAUCCUAUAUCGUCUAUAUUUUCGGUUCUCUUUUCUUAUACUUUCCAGGACACAUGUCCUGCUGAACUUAGGGUAUUAUGAUUUGGUUGAUCGCCCACUCUUUGCUUAUUGUAGGGCAGCUCACCUAUGUAACCAAUGAACACACCCUUGUUUGACCUUUGAAGGUGUUUUGUGAUGUUGGUGGAGGGUGAUGUACUGAACUGGUUUUCUGAUGUACGGGAUGGCUUGAAAUAGAAUAGCCUUUUAACCUCAAACAAAUGUAUUAGCCUCGGAGAAACCGUUGUACUACCUCUUGUAUAAGCCUGUUUAAAUAUAUAUUUAUGAUUUUUCUUUGUAUGUUUCUCUAGUGUGCCUUUAAAAUAACUUUUCCAAAUGUGGCUAGGUGUCUGGACCCUUUUGUAAAUUGCUUGCUCUUUGCUGUUAACCAAUGAAUUGUAUGUUAAGAAUAAUUGUACCAACAAAAAAUACAAUAAAAACCCACUUCCAUA